AUCAUAGAGACAUGUUUUAAAAGGGGACCAGGCAUUAACCUCAAAGAAAAAGAGAAAAGAAACAAAAAUGGGAGAUAUUCCUAGAGUGAAGCUUGGUAGCCAAGGUUUAGAGGUUUCAAAGUUGGGAUUUGGUUGCUCUGGCAUCACAAGAAAGUAUUACCCCCAUGUUCCAGAAGAAGUUGCCAUCUCUUUGAUCAAAUAUGCAUUCGACAAAGGAAUCACCUUCUUUGAUACAGCAGAUGUUUAUGGACCUCAUGGAACCAAUGAAAUCAUUGUCGGAAAGGCAUUGAAGGACUUACCUCGCGAAGAGAUUCAGAUUGCGACAAAGUUUGGAAUAGUGAAAAUGGAACCAAACAAUAUCCUAGUAAAUGGUUCACCAGAAUAUGUUCGAUCAUGUUGUGAAGCAAGCCUCCAACGCCUUGGAGUAGAAUAUAUUGAUCUCUAUUAUCAGCAUCGUGUUGAUACCACAAUACCGAUUGAGGAUACCAUGAAAGAGCUUAAAAAGUUGGUGGAAGAAGGAAAGAUAAAGUACAUAGGGUUAUCUGAAGCUAGUCCCGACACCAUUAGAAGAGCACAUGCUGUUCAUCCUGUUACUGCUGUUCAAAUGGAGUGGUCCCUUUGGACUCGCGAAAUUGAGGAGGAUAUUGUUCCACUUUGCAGGGAACUUGGAAUUGGAAUAGUACCAUACAGUCCUCUUGGCCAAGGGUUUUUCUGUGGCAAGGCUGUUCCGGAAGGAAUACCUACAAACAGUAGUUUUCUGGUUUCACAUCCAAGGUUACAAGGAGAGAAUCUUGACAAGAACAAGAUCUUAUAUUCUAGGAUACAAAAGUUGUCCGAGAAACAUAAAUGUACAACUUCACAACUCGCUCUUUCAUGGAUUCUUCAUCAAGGAGACUUUGUGGUACCAAUCCCUGGAACAACCAAGACAAAAAAUGUUGAUAGUAACGUUGGUUCAUUUGAAGUGAAGCUGAGCAAGGAUGAUUUGAAGGAGAUUACAGAUGCAAUACCAAUAUCUGAGGUGGCAGGAUAUAGAAUGGCUGAUAUUUAUGUUAAGUGCUCAUGGAAGUUUGCUAAUACUCCACCAAAAGCAUAGCUAAAUAAUCCAAGUUAUGCAAUAAAGAAAUCAUAUGUAUUUGCUAUGUAUUUCCAUCAUAUAUACACAUAUAGAACCACUCGAAUAUGAAGAAACCACAAUCCCUAAAUAACUAGCCUCAAAGAUUAAUUGUAACCCUCAAAUCCUUUUACAAGGCUCAACCGAUUUUGAUCACAUUAUUCUUGUAAAACCAUUUGUAGUUUUGGAAUCAACUUCAAUUAGUUAUGUCGCUAAGUUUAUAAA